AUGAAUGUAUUCCUGCACUGGAAGAACGAACAAGGCGAAGACGAACUGAUCACACCUUCACUAGAGAGUGGCCUCAUCUUGCCCGGAGUUACACGCCACUCCAUAUUGGAAUUGGCACGAGAAAUGGGUAAAGUCAAGGUGACCGAGCGUGACUUCACAAUGGAGGAAUUCCGGAAAGCAGCCAAGGAAAACAGGAUCUAUGAAUUCUUCGGAUCUGGCACUGCUGUAGUCGUAUCUCCAGUUGACAAGAUUUUGUACAAGAUCGAUGGUCGUGCAGAAAAUAUUGAGCUUCCACCUAUAGACAUGAACAAAUCACUCAUGGCCAAGUUGUACAGUACAUUGACAGAUAUCCAAUACGGUCGACUACAGCGCCCAGAGUGGACAGUACAGAUAUGA